AUGAAGUGGACGAAAGUGUUGCUCGCCGCUCAAUUGGCUGCAGCGUCUCCCUUCCAGCCUCGUGACAGCUCUGUGACGCGCAGUGCUAAAGCCAGCUACGAUGGCUACCACGUCUAUUCAGUCACCCCGUCUUCUGCUGACGAGGCUCGUGAUCUCGGGAAGCGCUUCUCCCAAUACCACACUCAUCCCAUUCGCGACACCCUGUCCAUCGCUAUUCCACCCGAAGAGGUCGACUCCUUCAACGCUCUGGGUCUGAAGGCUCGCCUUGUCAAUUCUGACUUGGGCCACUACAUACGCGCGACUGAUAAGGAAGUCGUAUACAAAAGGGGCCUACACAAGCGUGGAGAGUUGCCAGAUCUCUCAUGGUUUGACACCUAUCGUCCGUAUGCCGACCAUCUCCAAUACUGGGACGAUCUAGUCAAGGCAUUCCCCAAGAACUCGAAAAAGUUUCCAAUUGGACAAAGCUACGAGAACCGGACCAUCUGGGCGUUCCAUCUUCAUGGAGACGAGAAGAAAGGGUACGGAAAGCAAGAAGAGAAGCCAGUCAUCCUUUGGCAUGCGACAGUCCAUGCCCGAGAGUGGAUAUCGACCAUGGUGAUUGAGUACCUGGCCUACCAACUGAUCGACGGUUAUAAGAAGGGUGAUGCCAAUGUGACCACCUUCCUGGACUACUACGACUUCUACCUGGUUCCCUUUCACAACCCCGAUGGCUUCUUGUACACGCAAACCAACGACCGUCUAUGGCGCAAGAACCGUCAGCCACGCCCAAACAUCAACACUACCUGCCUUGGUACUGACGGCAACCGCAACUGGAAGUACGAGUGGGAUGCUGAGCCACCAGAGGGUGGGUCAACACCUGAUCCUUGUGGCCAGACAUACCGCGGAGAAGCACCAGGUGACACGCCUGAAAACCAAGCCAUGGACAGUCUCUCAGCCCAACUAGCGCAGACAGGCGCUGGUAUUCGGUCAUUCAUCGACUUCCACUCGUACGGCCAGCUCAUUCUCACUCCUUAUGGCUUCUCGUGCGACCCGCUCCCGGAGACCCUUCCUCGCAUGCUUGAGGUUGCUGAUGGUACUGCGAACGCCAUCAUGGCUGCUAGCACAAAGAACAGCACGUACGAGUUCGGUCCUGGAUGUCAGAUUCUUUACUUCUCAACCGGUAACUCGAGAGACCACCACUAUGCUGUGCAUGGCGCGAACCACUCGUGGACGAUGGAGCUGAGUCCUCAAGAUCAAGCAGGUGGCGGCUUUGUUCUGCCGCCAGAACUCAUCUGGCCGGUCGUGAAAGAGCAAUGGGCUGGACAGCAGUGGCUGUUGAACGACGUGUGGGUAGACUAG